AUCUUAUAGUGAACUUUUUUUUUUAUUUAUUAAAAUGAGAAACGUAUGGACGUAAUAAGUAGAUGAGUGGGUGACGUGGCGUAAUGAAGGGGAGUUACGUGACAUGUGAACGUUUUUUAGAUUGUCUUUUAAUAGAUUAGUAUAAAUAUAGAUAUAGAUAUAAAUUAGUGAAAUAAUGAUGCGAUUAAAUUAUUUUGUGCUUAAUGACCAAUAUAUUGAAGGGUUGAAAAAGCCAGUAAAGGACCACGUCAAGGUCAAUUCAUCAUCGAAAGUUACCUUCAAAUCAAGGGGAUAUCCGUACUGCCACAACGUUGUGAAGCCAUAUUGGUUUAGCUGGGGAGGAUUGCCUAUUACCAUGGAAUUUGCUAGGAAACACGACCUAGCAAAUAAAUGGUGCGACAUUACAGUAAUAGAUCAAAAAGGAAAAGAAUGGCUACUUCCAUUGAGGCACCAUAAGCGUGGUUCUAGUGUUUACAUCGGAAGGCCACACGAGUUUCUCGUUGUUAACGACCUAAAACCUGGUGAUCCUAUCGUCUUUGAGCUUAUUGCCUCCGGAGAUUUUCCAAAAAUAAAUUUCUAUAAGUUAAAUUGAGUUGAUGGUGUGCAGAUAAUUAAUGGGGCUCAAUUUAAUUGCAGAGAAGAGUUGAUCAAUUAGUUCCUUUUGCAGCAAUAAUUAAGUUGAUGGUGAUAUUUUGCAUGACUUUUCAAGUCCCUUAUCAGUUAAUGUAGACAAUAAUUAACGUUACAUUUUGCAAAUUGUAGUAUGUUAAUAUGUAUUAAUGGAUUAGACCAACUCAAUCGACAUUUUGUGAACGAAGUAUUUGCUUCAUGCCUACAUAUCUUGUUAUAUAAAUGAAUUUGGAUUUUUUUUUUUUUUUUUUUUGACACAUAAUUUGGUAUUUACAUAUGUUGUUUAUCUAACAAAUUGUGCACAAAAAGAAUCAAUAUAAAGCAAGAG